AUGCUGUCGGAGCUGAAGGGAGAGCGGCUCCAGGCGUUUUCGAAUGAGCUGAACCGGCGCGUCAUAGAGCUCACACACAGCGCACAAACGGCAAGCAAGCUGGGUGGCAUUACGGCGAUUGACAACUUUAUUGGGCUCGAAAGCGAGGAUAAUAGUGCGCGUCUGUAUCGCUUCUACCAAUAUUUGAAGCCGAACUUGCCUUGCUCUGAUCCGCAAGUCAUGUUUGCUGCAGCGCGUGUGUUGGGCCGUGUGUCAAAGCAUGGAGGACACUCUCUGGGAGACCAAUUUGUGGAAUUUGAGAUGCAGCGUGCACUGGACUUUCUGCAGGGUGAAAGGAAUGAGAACGGACGGUACGCAGCCGUAUUGAUCAUCAAGGAAAUGGCACGGAAUGUGCCCUACCUGUUCCACACGUACGUGGGGCGCGUCAUGGACCAUAUUUGGGUCGCACUGCGGGAUGCGAAAGUAGCGGUGCGAGAGGCGGCGGCCGAGGCACUGGGUGCGUGCUUCCAGAUCAUCUCAGACCGCGAGAAACAGAUGGGCACACAGGCGUACGAGCUCGUAUACGACGACGCCGAACAAGGGCUGCGCGAUACCGCGGUCGAAGUGAUCCACGGGAGUCUGCUGGCGAUUUUGAAGUUACUGCGAUACUCGAAGAUGUUUAUGAAGACGCGUCUGCAUCGCACAUGUGAGCUGAUUCUGCGACUUCACCGGCAUCGUGAUCCUCUUGUCAAACGCACGGUGACGAACCUGAUUCCCGUGCUGGCCGCGUACGAUCCGCCUUACUAUGCCCAAGAGUAUCUGGGACCUGUGAUGACGACGCUCAUUGACCAACUGCGGCGCGAGCGAGAUCGGUCUACGAAGGAGGCAUGGGGCGAUACGCUCGAAGCGAUUGGACUCGUGUCCAUGGCGAUGGGCGACCGGAUGCAGCCGUACGUCGAUUCGAUUAUGCAGUGUGUGCGUGAGAGUUUGCUGCUUCGGGGUAAGAAGAAUAUGCCGCCAGAGGGACCGGUAUUUUUUUGCUUGGGGCAUGUGGCGCUGGCUGUCGGCACACGCAUUGAGCGGGAUGUACACGACAUGCUCGAUAUGAUGUUUGCAUGUGGCCUGAGUACCGCGCUAGUGUCGGCGCUGGAGAAGAUUGUCCAUGCGAUUCCGGCGCUGCUGCCGAUUGUGCAGGAGCGGCUCCUGAUGAUGCUGUCGUACAUUCUCAUAGGCGUGCCGUACCGGCCGCUUGGUGCGCCACUUCCCCGGCACGGUGGCCGGCCGCCGCCUGUGCUGCAUGUGUCGCCGGAUGCAAAGACGAUCGAGACCCUGACGAUUGCGCUGCAGACGCUCGGCAGCUUUGAUUUUAGUGGACACAUACUGAACGAGUUCGUCCGCAACUGCACGCUGCCGUACCUGGAGCUGGAUGCGAAGGACGUACGCAAGGCGGCAGCUAUGACGUGUGCCCACAUGUAUGUGAAUGAUCCGAUCUGCUACCAGACGUCGAUGCACGCGAUCGAGGUGUUUAAUGACGUGCUAGACAAGCUCAUUAUGGUGGGAAUUGCAGAUCCAGAUGCAGAGCUGCGCUUCACGGUGCUGAGUGCACUGGACGAGCACUUUGAUCGGCACCUCGCACAGACAGAGUACAUCCGAGCGAUCUUCAUUGCGUUGAACGAUGAGGAGUUUGCCGUGCGAGAGGUCGCGAUCAACAUUUUGGGCCGCUUGGCCAAGUACAACCCAGCGUAUGUGAUGCCGUCACUUCGCAAGGUGCUGAUCCAGCUGCUGACGGGACUGGAGUAUGCGACCGUCACACGACACAAGGAGGAGGCGGCGAAGCUGCUGACGGGGGUCGUGCGUGCGCUGCAAGGGCUUGUGAAGAGCUAUGCGCUAACGAUCCUGCAGGUGCUGCUCCCAAAGGCGAACGAUGCACAUGCGGGUGUUGCAGCCCGCGUGACAGAGUGCCUGGGCGAGCUGGCCCGAGUGGCUGGCGAAGAGCUGGCGCCGCUCGUCGAUGAGCUGGUAUCGCUGAUGGUGUCACAGCUGUCGAGUGGCUCCGUGCAUGCAUCGGUCGCGAAGCGGGACGCGGCGCUCAAGACGCUGGGUCGUCUGGCGUCGAACACGAGCCACGUAGCCAAUCCGUACCUGCAGUACCCGCGACUGCUGGGGGCGUUGGUCAAGAUCCUCAAGACGGAGCAGGCGGCGCCUGUGCGACGCGAGACGAUCCGCGUCCUGGGCAUACUGGGUGCGCUGGAUCCGUACCGGCACAAGCUGCUCGAGAGCACGAUGGACCCGGUCGUGACCGCAGGCGGCUCACAGACCGACUUGUUCGAGCUUGCGACGCUCAUCGGGACGUCGACGGACGAGUACUACCAGAAUGUGGCGAUCGAGGCGCUCAUUGCCAUCCUGCGCGACCCGACGCUGUCUGUACACCACCAUGCGGUGAUCGAGGCUAUCAUGUACAUGUUCAAGACGCAGGGUCUCAAGUGCGUGGCGUUUCUGCCUCAGAUUGUGCCGGCAUUCCUGGGCGUUAUCCGCACAUGCGCCGGCGGCGGCCUGAGCGAGUUCUACUACCAGCAGCUUGCGAUCCUGAUCACCAUCAUCAAACAGCACGUGCGCAACUACCUGCGUGACAUUUUUGCGCUUGUGCAGGCGGACUGGAACCCGAAUUCGUCGAUCCAGCUCACGAUUGUCGCGCUGAUGGAGGCAGUCGCACGGGCCCUCGAGGGCGAGUUCAAGGCGUACCUGCCGCUGCUGCUGCCGAACCUGCUGCAGACGCUCGAGGGCGAAAUCACACCGAAACGCAUGCCGACGCUUUUACGCAUGCUGCAGGCCUUCUAUGUGUUUGGCGCGAACCUGGAGGAGUAUAUGCACCUUGUGCUCCCUGUGCUGGUCGGUCUCUUUGAGCGCGCGGAUGCGCCGAUGGUGCUGCGCCGUGCAGCGAUCGUCACUGUGGGCCAGCUGUCGCGCAAGGUGAACUUUGCGGACCAUGCAUCGCGCAUCAUCCAUCCGCUCGUGCGCGUGCUACAGAGCGGUGUCGCAGAGCUGCGGGUACCGACGCUCGAUACGCUCACGGCGCUCGUGUUCUUGAUGGGCCCUGUGUACAUGCCGUUUGUCGUCGUGGUGAACAAGGCGAUCGUGCAGCAGCGGAUCCAGCAUCCGCGCUACCAGCAGGUGGUCGCGAAGCUCCUGCGCAGUGAGCCGCUCCCGCUCGAGCUGCUCCCGCCCGAUACGCUUGCCCUGGACAAGGCGGACGAGGCGCCCCAUGCGGAGGCGUCCAAAAUGGCGGUGAACCAACUCCACCUGAAAGCUGCCUGGGACACAUCACGUGUCUCGACCGCCCAGGACUGGCGCGAGUGGCUCCGGCGCGUCGCGGUGGAAAUGCUGCGUGAGUCGCCGUCGCACGCGCUGCGUGCGUGCCGGAGCCUCGCGGAAGUAUAUCACCCACUGGCGCUCGAGCUGUUCAAUGCCGCAUUUGUGUCGUGCUGGGUCGAGCUGUACGACACAUACCAGGAGAGCCUUGUACAUGCGAUCGAGACCGCCCUCGAUGCCUACGAGAUCCCCGACCAGGUUGUGCACAUCCUCCUACACCUGGCCGAGUUCAUGGAACACGACGACAAGGCGCUGCCAAUCAGCAUUCGGCUGCUGGGUGACCGCGCGUACAAGUUCCAUGCGUACGCCAAAGCCCUGCACUACAAGGAGGCCGAGUUCAUGGCCGAGCCGACGCCGCAGAUCGUCGAGCUGCUCAUCGACAUCAACACCAAGCUGCAGCAGGGUGACGCGGCGUUCGGUGCGCUCACGUAUGCGCGCGAGCACAUGGACAUCACGCAUCACGAGGAAUGGUACGAAAAGCUGCACCGCUGGGAAGAGGCGCUGGCAGCGUACGAGCGACGUGCACUCGAGCAGCCGGAUGCGCAAGAGAUUGUAUUCGGCAAGAUGCGCUGCCUGCAUGCGCUGGGUGAGUGGGAGCACCUGACCGAGCUCGUGCAAGCCAAGUGGCCGACAGCGGGGCCCGACGGCCGGCGCCAAAUGGCGCCCUUGGCGACCGCAGCUGCAUGGUCGUUUGGCCAAUGGGACAUUAUGGAUGAAUUCAUCGCAGCGAUGCGCCCCGAGUCGUCGGAGCGCUCGUUCUACCGCGCGGUGCUGGCUGUGCACCACUCGCAGCGGCACCAGACGAAGCGGCUGAUUGCGCGUGCGCGCGACGCGCUGGACACGGAGCUGACGGCCCUGAUCAGCGAGAGCUACGGACGCGCGUACGACCUUAUGGUGCGCACACAGAUGCUAUCCGAGCUGGAAGAGGCUCUAGCCUACAAACUGGACUAUGCGGAGCAGCCCGACCGCCAGGCAACGAUGCGGACGAUCUGGAUGAAGCGGCUGCAGGGCUGUGAGCUAGAUGUGGAGGUCUGGCAACGCAUCCUGAGUGUUCGGAGCAUUGUGUUGACGCCCGCCGACGACAUGGACACAUGGAUCAAGUUUGCGAACUUGUGCCGCAAGUCGGGACGCAUGGUGCUCGCAGAAAAGACGCUCAACUCGCUCCUUGGGCCCGAGGUGCAUGCGCUGGACUCGCCGCUCGCCGGGCCGAAAGCGCCGCCCGCCGUGAUCUACUCGCACCUCAAGUUCAUGUGGGCAUGCGGUGCCAGAGCCGAGAGCCUGUGCUACCUGCGCGACUUUACGAUGAACCUGGCCGAAGACUUGGGCAUGGCCUCCGUUGACAAGCAGGACAACCUCGUCCUGCCAGACAUCCGCGCCUCGCCGCGCCUCGCUGAGUUCGCCAAGCUGCUCGCUCGCUGCUUCUUCAAGCUCGGCGAAUGGCAGGUCGCGAUGAACGAGGAGUGGGUCGUCGACGACAACUAUGACGUCAUCCGCUCGUACAAGCGCUCCACGGAGCUCGACCGCGACUGGUACAAGGCAUGGCAUGCAUGGGCGCUCGCGAACUUUGACGUCAUCACGCACCACGAGCGCCAUGGCGUCGCGAUUCCCUUCCACGAAGUCGCUGCGAGCAUCGUGCCCAGUGUGCAUGGCUUCUUCCGCUCCAUCUCACUCGCGAGCGGCAACUCCCUCCAAGACACGCUCCGCUUGCUCACCCUCUGGUUCAAGUUUGGUCAUCUCGAGCAUGUCGCUGAUGCCGUGCGUCAGGGUUUCAGCACCGUCACCGUGGACACGUGGCUCGAGGUCAUCCCUCAGAUGAUCGCUCGCAUCAGUGCUCCGUCGCCGCGGGUGCGGCGCCUCAUCCACCACCUGCUCUCCGACGUCGGCACAGCGCAUCCACAGGCCCUCGUGUAUCCGCUAACGGUCGCGACCAAGUCGCCGUCGCCUGUGCGCAUGCAUGCCGCUAUGGGCAUCAUGGACACGAUGCGUGAGCACAGUCCCGUACUUGUGGAGCAAGCGCUGCUGGUCAGCAACGAGCUCAUCCGCAUCGCGAUCCUCUGGCAUGAGAUGUGGCACGAGGGACUCGAAGAAGCGUCGCGUCUCUACUUUACCGAGCAUAAUAUCGAGGGCAUGUUUGCGACGCUGGGGCCACUGCACGAUCUGCUUGAGCGCGGGCCCGAGACGCUGCGUGAGACAUCGUUCGCUCAGACCCACGGACGCGAUCUGAACGAGGCACGCGAGUACGUCCGGCGGUACCGGCAGUACGGCGAGAUCAACGACUUAAACCAGGCCUGGGAUCUGUACUACCACGUGUUCAAGCGCAUCACCAAGCAGCUGCCUGCGUCCAACUCCGUGCAGCUGGCUCUCCAGUAUGUAUCGCCCAAGCUGCUUGCCAUGCGCGACUUGGAGCUCGCCGUGCCCGGCACGUACGUGAGUGGCCAGCCGAUCGUUCGCAUCACACAGUUCGAGCCUGUCGUGCUGGUCAUCUCGUCGAAGCAGCGGCCGCGCCGGCUCAAGAUCCGCGGCAGCGACGGGCGCACGUACCAGUACUUGCUCAAGGGCCACGAGGACAUGCGGCAGGACGAGCGCGUAAUGCAGCUGUUUGGCCUCGUCAACACGCUCCUGUCCAUCGACACCGAGUCGUACAAGCGGCGCCUCAACCUCCGCCGCUUCCCCGUGAUCCCGCUCUCGCCCAACACCGGCAUGCUUGGCUGGGUCGCCAACAGUGAUACCCUGCACAUCCUGAUCAAAGAAUACCGCGAGCAGCACAAGAUCCUGCUGAACAUCGAGCACCGCCUCAUGCUCCAGAUGGCCCCUGACUACGACAACCUCACCGUACUGCAAAAAGUCGAGGUGUUCGAGUAUGCGCUCGACAACACGCCUGGCCAGGACCUGUACCGCGUGCUAUGGCUCAAAUCCCGCUCAUCCGAGGCCUGGCUCGAGCGCCGCACCGCUUACAUGCGCACAUUGGCAACGUCGUCUGUCGCUGGCUACAUCCUCGGUCUUGGCGAUCGACACCCAUCGAACCUGCUCCUCGACCGUCAGACCGGCGAGAUCAUCCACAUCGACUUUGGCGACUGCUUCGAAAUCGCAUGUCACCGCCCCAAGUUCCCAGAGAAGGUGCCGUUCCGUCUCACACGCAUGCUCAUCAAGGCCAUGGAGGUCGGCGGCAUCCAAGGCACCUUCAAAGUCACCGCAGAAAACACCAUGCGUGUCCUGCGCGACAAUCGCGAGAGUGUGCUCGCCUUGCUCGAGGCAUUUGUCCACGAUCCCUUGAUCUCCUGGCGUCUCGUGACCGACUCGGAUGCCGAACAGCGAGCGCCCGAUGCGCACGAACACGAGCAUGAGGUCGCCGGCGAAAUUCGCGGCGUCGAAGGCGAGGCUCGUAAUCAGCGUGCUCUUGAAGUCGUCCGUCGCAUUCAGAACAAACUCACGGGUCGCGACUUUCAUCCCAACAUAUCUUUGUCGGUGCCCGAGCAGAUCGAGCGACUGAUCCAGGAUGCCACGUCCAUCGAGAACUUGUGUGUGGCCUUCAUUGGCUGGUGCGCAUUCUGGUAA